AUGCUACCCGCUGUCACUGCCAGUGGCCCCUCCCUUCGAUGGGAGACAACAGGCUACGUCCCGGAGGCCGACAGACCUGAUGGCACGGUCCUUGAUAGCCUCGUCGAAAUUUUUGGAUCAGAGCAAUUUAUACAUACUUACUCUGACUUACUCAACGAGCAGCGCAGGGCCUUCUCCAGUGUUUGCCUACAGCAAUCUCGCCUCAAGGCCACCGCACAUGCUUGGCGGUCCGCGAUCUCUGAAGAGGUCGAUGGCAACGAAGAUAUCUCUGUACAGUGGGCUUCGUGGCACACUAGGUCUGCCGAUAUGAUGUGCUCAGUCGAUUUUGCUGAGUGGCUAGUGCCGGACGCUCUAGCUCAUCCUAGAGCUCCGUCAACUUUCCGUGAUGGAUCCCUUCUCCUCCCUUGGCUUUCCUUCGAGGAUGUCCACCUCGUUGAGUGUGCCAUCUGUGAGGACAUCUCUCUGCAUUGUCUGUCCAGUGGACGGCGCAUGACAGUUGCUUCCGACAGCCCUCUCUCCUUGAUUUUCCCCGUUGGACUUCAGGGGAGGGAACUGUUUAUGGAUUUUGUCUCCCUGGGCUUCUGGAGACCCUUGGGGUGCCUACUCCUGUCAAGCAUUACCGUUCUCUCUCGACUCAUCUGCGCCGGCUUCGGUUGUUUGCUGACCUUGUUCGCGGGGUUGUGCAUCUCUGGAGCAAGGGCAUUCCUGCUUUCCUGGUCACGUCACGAGUUGACUGCCCUGGCCUAA